AUGGCAGAUAAGUAUCAGGAGGCACCAAAAAGGCCAGAUUUUGUACGAAUUCCUCCACAAAGGGGUCAAAUUAAAGCUAAGAUAUUGAAGGGGUUGGUACAGAAAGUAAAGAAUGUUGUUUCAGUGGCUGGUUUGGCAAGGAGGGGUGGUGUCAAUGGAAGCUCAGCUUCUACAAGCACAUAUACUUCAGAGGGCCAUUCAGAUUCUUGA